AUGGCUCCGCCGCCGCAAGCGGGAAGGGCGAGGCCAAACAUUCUGGUGACUGGGACGCCGGGGACGGGGAAGACGACGACCAGUUCCCUCGUUGCCGAGGCGACGCAGCUCCGGCACAUCAACGUUGGGGACCUCGUCAAGCGGAAGGGGCUCCACGAUGGCUGGGACGAGGAGCUCGAGUGCCACAUCAUCAACGAGGACCUGGUAUGGAACCCGUAUAAACCCUUGGUUUUUGAGUAAGCCUGUUCUCGCACUUUUUAUUGGCGCCGUGUUGUUAGUUUUGGAGUUGCGAGAUCCUGCAGGUGAAUUGAUUUGGGAUUGUUGGGGGGGGGGGGGGGGAGUUGAUUUGUCACUUUUUAUGCACAUGCGCUUACACUGCCAUCUAUGUAUCCAUUCAAUUGUCCCAAUUUGUGAUGUGCCAAAGGGUCAUUUUUAUUUAAUAUUUAUUUUUAAUGAUAUUUUAAUUUUAUUUACCGCCUCCAUAUGUUGAAGAUGAAUAUGGGUAUGAGAUUGCUCGAGUAUGCAAAGUGAGGGAUUUAUCACCCUAAUCACCCCAAUCACCCCAAUCACCCCAAUCAAUCAUCCCUCUCUCAUAAAACACUCGAAUCUCCUCCUGUCUUCUAAUAUUGUCCAGAUAGAUCACUGCAUUUACCAUCACCUGAAGAUCAUGUUCUUUGCAUCAUGAUAGACUCUUCCAAAAAAAAAAUCUCAAACUAGAAGAUAAAGAGUGCAUGCCAUUGUGGCUCACCAAUCUUGCAAUGAUCUUAGUGAACCUUGUCCUUGGUCAAACCCAGAUUGGUGAGCAAAGAUUCCAUGCACUGUUGCGACCCUAGAUUGAUGAGAACGAGUUGAUUAACUGUUCAUGAUAAAUCUGAGCAGAGUUUUCAUAUUGUUGUGUUCCCCUGUGUAAUUAUGUUCUGAUCGGCAUGAGCCAGACGUUUCCAUCAUUAAGAACAUACAAAGAUGUCGAGGGCAGAUUCUUGUCAAUCGUACUAAACCCUAAAGAUGGCAAGCGCCAUUAUGCCCCAAUAUAGAGCAUUCGAACUGUGUUUAGUCCCACUCUCGGUGGAUUUUCCAAGUUGAAAGCUCGGUGAAUCAGAAAUUUACAAUUAAUUUCCGGGUAGAAUAAUCAGAAUCCGCACUCUAACCUGUCAGGUGUGCGACGAGCUGGAGGACAUGAUGGAGGAGGGUGGGAACAUUGUCGAUUACCAUGGCUGUGACUUCUUCCCCGAGCGCUGGUUUGACUGCGUUGUUGUCCUCCAAACUGACAACUCCGUCCUCUACGAUCGCCUGUCCUGCCGGUAACAUAAUAAUCCUCGUUCAGGCAGCUUCCUGUUCUUAUGAUCAUCAGCGCCAUUUAUUGCUGGAAGACGAUGAUGGUUGCAGGGGUUACACGGGCUUGAAGCUAACGAACAACAUCGAGUGUGAGAUCUUCCAGGUGCUGCUGGAGGAGGCGAAGGGGAGCUACCGAGGGGACAUUGUGAUGGCGAUGAAGAGUGACUCGGUGGAGGAUAUAAGCAGGAAUGUAUCGACCUUGACCGGUUGGGUCAACAGUUGGGCUCCUGCCAGGUUGUCUUCAUAG